CGCUGCAGGGCAACACCCCGGCGUCCCUGGAAGCGGGGAGCGGGGCAGCCGGGGUGGAGCGGGGCAGCCGGGGUGGUGCUGGGAAGCUGUGCAGAGCCGGGAGCCCUCGCCCGGAGCCUCCGCCUCGGGGACCGGCCUGGAGCCCAGACCAGCCAUGGCUGGAAGACCCAUCCGCAUAGGAGACCAGCUGGUCCUGGAGGAAGACUAUGAUGAGACCUACAUCCCCAGUGAGCAAGAAAUCUUUGAAUUUGCCAGAGAGAUAGGUAUUGAUCCCAUCAAGGAGCCGGAACUGAUGUGGCUGGCCCGGGAGGGCAUUGUGGCCCCACUGCCUCAGGAGUGGAAGCCAUGCCAGGACAUCACAGGCGAUAUUUACUAUUUUAACUUUGCCAAUGGGCAGUCCACGUGGGACCAUCCAUGCGAUGGGCACUAUCGGAACUUGGUGAUCCAGGAACGAGGGAAGCUGUCGUCUUCUGGGGCCGUUAAGAAGAAAGACAAGAAGAAGAAAAAGGAAAAGAAAGACAAGAAGGACAAAGAGACCCCCAAAAGCGCCAUGGCCCUGGGCUCCUCACUAGCCCCAGUCCACGUUCCCCUUGGGGGCCUGGCUCCCUUACGAGGCCUCGUGGAUGCCCCGCUCUCUGCUCUUCGUGCCUCUCACAGUGUGAGCUUGGGGAGCUCCGUGGAGUCUCGUCAGCCUGGAGAACUCACGCUGCCUUUGCAGGGUCUCAGGACUUCUGCUCAUAUGCAGGGUCUCUUGGGCUCCAUCCAUGAGGACAAGAAUGCUCUCGGCCUCUUGGCUUUAGGGGAGGAGACCAGCGAGGAGGAGGUGGAGAGUGAUAACCAGCUUUGGGGGUGCUUGAUAACCACUGGUGUCAGGACUGGAGCAGUGGCCGAGGCGGCAAGGAGACCCGACUUGCCGCAAGCCUCUAAACGCUGUGUACUGACUCCUGCUGUCUUCCUUUCUGACAUGGCCCACGCUCCCCAGGAGUCUCCAGGAACAAGCCAGCAUGAGGAGAAGGCCCUCUCUCCUGACUUGGGUGCUGCCCGCCCCCCGACUCACGGCAGGCUCUCCGGCCGAGGUGCAGACAGCAGCCUGGCCAGUGCAGGCAGCAGAGGGCGACAGGGAGGAGGGGCGAGUGCCCGGCUCCCCGGAAGAGACAAGAGUCAUGAGAGUGACCCUGUGACGACGGCCACGAGUCUGGUGGGCCCUGGGGGCGACCAGCCCGCCACGUCCAGUAAGAGAGACGCACCCCAGGACCCGGCUGCAGCGAGGGAGGCUUCCAGGAAGGAGGAGGCCACAAGGGAGCCGGAGGAGGAGGCCCCUGUCCUGGGAGAGAGCGGAUCAGACGCCAGUGACGCGCUGGAGAUCAGUGAACACGUGAAGGAGCUACAGGGCUCAGACUUCGAUGCCUCCAACUCCAAGUCCCGCCUUGGCCUGGACUUCGGUUUUCGCAGCCGGAUCUCAGAGCACCUGCUGGAUGUGGACGUGCUUGCCCCGGUCCCGGAUGGAGCCCGCUGGCCGGCCCAGAGGCUGGGAGGAGAAGACCAGGACAACAGCCAGUCCAGCCACGAUGAGCUGCAGAGCAAACGGUCCCAAGGCUCCGAGAGGGUAUCCCCUUCACUUCUGUACGGGGAGCGGCUUGGGAGUCCCCGGCACAGCCAGGCCACUGUGAAAGGGCCUCUGCAGGCCCCUGCUGGGCCGCCUGAGCGGCGGGGGACACAGGAGCCCCCGGAGCACUCUGCACACAGCCCCCUCCCGCCCGAGUCCCUGCACAGGGAUGAAACCCCAAGUCCACCUGCCUCCUGCAAGAGUGGCGAGGCGCCGUGCUCCCAGGCCGAGGAGCCCGAGGAGCCCAAGGAGCCCGAGGAGAAGGUGGUGGCCAGCCCCACCCUGCCCAUCUCUCCGGAGGGGCGAUCUCCAGAGCUCCUGGCUCUCCCAGAGCAGCUCCCAGAGGCCGCCCGGAAGGCCAUGGAGGAGGCGGUGGCCCAGGAACUGGAGCAAGAGCAGAGGCGGCUCCUGGAACUGAAGCGGGAAAAGGUGCAGCAGCUGCGGCAGAGGCUGCGGCAGGAGGAGGAGGAGGAGGCGCUUCAGCUUCAACAGCGGAAAGAGGAGUCUCUGAGGUCUCUGCAAGAACAGCUGCAGAAGGCCACUGAGGAGGAGGGGACUCAGAUGAGAGAGGAGGAGAGCCGGAGGCUGGCCCGGCUCCGGGCCCAGGUCCAGUCCAGCACAGAGGCAGAUGCGGACCGAAUCAGGGCCGAGCACCAGGCUUCCCUGCAGAGGCUGAGAGAGGAGCUGGCGGCCCUGCAGGAGGCCGAGAGGGCCAGCUUGGAGCAGGGCAGCCAGCGUGUGCUGGAGCUGCUCCGGGGAGAGAUGGAGGCUUCAGAGAGGAGAGAGCAGGCUGCCCUGAAUGCCGAGAAGGAGAAGGCCCGGCAGCAGUGGAGGGAGCAGCUGGAAGGGGAGAGGAAAGAGGCGGCAGCAGCGCUGGAGACAGAGCACAGGGCUGAGCUGGCGCGGCUCCUGUCCUCCCUGGAGGCCAAGCACAGAGAGGUGGUCUCCAGCCUCCAGAAGGGGGGAGAGGAAGCUCAGCAGAAAGCGGAGGCCCAGCAGCAGGAGAGCCUGGGGUGGGCGGAGCGGAGAGCGCGCCAGCUGCUGGAGUACGAGCAGGAGCUCAGUGGGCUCCUGAGAGAGAAGCGACGGGAGGUGGAACGGGAACACGAGGGGAGGAUGGACAAGAUGAAGGAGGAGCACCGGCAGGCGGUGGCGGAGGCCAGAGAGCAGUAUGAAGCCGAGGAGAGGACACAGCGGGCCACGUUGCUGGGGCACCUGACUGGGGAGCUGGAGCGCCUGCGCAGGACCCACGAGCGGGAGCUGGAGGCCGCGAGGCAGGAGCAGGCCAGGCAGCUGGAGGGCCUGGGGCUCCGGCACCGGGAGCAGGAAAGGAAACUCCAAGGUUUAGAGGUGGAGCUGGAAACCAGAGCCAAAGAGGUCAAGGCCAGGUUGGCUCAGCUGGACGUUCAGGAAGUCACAGCCACCCAUCAACACCUGGAAGAGGCAAAGCAGGAGCACACGCGCCUGCUCGAGUCCAACCGGCAGCUCCGAAGAAGACUGGGCGAGCUGCGGGCCCAGAAGCUGGAGCUGGAAGCCCAGGUGGACCAGCUGCAGGCCCAGGCCAAGGGGCUGCAGAGACGCAUCAGUGACCUGGAGGCUGAAGCUCAGAGGAAGCAGGAGGCGCUGAAAGGGCUGGCGGUCGAGGCGAGCAGUGCUUCCCCCUGUUGUGAGCCAGACCUCCACGUCCAGGACCUGAAGACACCCCCUGGCACCAAGCAGACCAAAGAGGUGUCCCCUUCUGUCUCCCAGAGCCCGGAGGUCGCCGACUCAUCCUUGGACAGCUUCCGGCACUACCUCUCUGCCGAGGGGGUGGCUCUCCGCAGUGCCAAGGCCUUCCUGGUGCGGCAGACGCGCUCCAUGCGCAGGCGGCAGGCAGCCCUGAAAGCCGCCCAGCAGCACUGGGGCCACGAGCUGGGCACCGCUUCGGGUGCGCCCGAGGACCUGCUGGGCACCAAGGCCCUGGGCGAUGACGUGCGCAAGGGCCUGGAGGAGGAGGCCAGGCACCUGGGGGAGAUGCAGUCUGCCAUGCGGAGAGGCCGCGACCUGCUGCAGAGGAAGGAGGAGAAGCUGAGCGAGCUGGAGGCCUCUCUGCGGGACGAGGCUCUAGAUGAGGACACUCUGAGAGGGCCCCCCACCAAGAAAGUGGUGACCUUUGACCUCAGCGACACGGAAGACACUAGCAGUGGAAGCUCAGAGUCCGGGCCCCUGCCUCAUGGCAGCCCGGCCAGCCCCCCCGCCCCCGACAAGAUCCGGUGCCUGGACAGCUCCCUGCGGCACAUCAGCAGCCAGCUGCACCAGGUCCUCAGCCUGCUGGGCGUCCUCGGCACCCAGCCGCCCCCGCUCCUCACUUUCCACCCCGGCCCCGGCCCCCCCCGCCCCCCUCCCUCCGGGAGGACCCCCACCCAGUGGGCCUGGGACCCGGGGCUGGGCCCCAGGCUCUCCUCCUCCGCCACUCAGGCCAUGGACGACUUCCUGGUGGAGAAGUGGCGCAAGUACUUCCCAGCUGGGAGCCCCAGUCUCCGCAGCAGCCCUGUGCCCUUGGAGAACAGGCUGGGCUACGUGUCUGCCAGGGAGCAGCUCCGCCUCCUGCAGCAUCCCCACUCCCACGUCCCCGAGGUGGGCAGCGCCAGUCUGCAGGGCAUGAUCGAGGCUAACCGGCGGUGGCUGGAACACUACAGGAAUGACCCCAAGUUAUAUCCUUUCAGCCAUCUCUCAAACCCUGCGCCCAAGCCAGCAGCCUCGGGCCUCCUGCAGCUGAGCCUGGAUGAGAACAACAGGCUGCAGGUGAACCGCUACUGAGGCUCGAGCGGCCGUGUGGGCCCCCGCAUCUCCUGCUCCCAGGCCAGGAGCCGAGGAGGGGCCUGCACCUGCCUCGGAUGAAGCUCUACAGCAGGGGAGGCGGGCUGGGUGGAGAGGAUGGCAGAGCUGAGAGCUAGGAGCCACCUGCAGCGACCACGAGCGGACUGCAGGGUGACCGUGGGACGUCUGUGAGCCGCUGUGAGGAUAUGGCAGCGCUGAUGUGGGCCCCUGGGACAUGGGCACCUUCGGGGAGGGGGCAUCACCGGCGUUGAUGUCAGAGGCCCAGGGAUCCCUGUGGAGCGAGGUGAGCCUGCACCGGCCUGCAGGGCUCCGCACAGUGACAUGCGCAGUCCUCACUCCAUGAGCAAGGCCCCCGCGUCCUGUGUCCUGUGCCCUGUGCCUGGGACGCUGUCUCUCCAAUACCUCAGCACAUGAGCUCAGGCCAUUUCUCUUUUCUCCUCCUUCCCUUUUUUAAAACGUCCCCUUUCUUGAGUUCUCUGUUUCUCCUUUUGACUAUCUCAGGAUUGGGCCCAGCCCUGCCCGAGGGUGCUGGGGCCCCCCUUCCCUCAGCCGCACUGUGCUGUCCCCAGGGCACCCUUCCCUUUGCUGGGCUCUGUGCAGAGCCCUCCCCGUGGCUUCUCAGGUCUGCAGCACACAGCUCAGUGAGAGCCGCCCGGGAAAGCCGGAUGGUGCUGGUGCUCUCGCCUCUCACCCCUGGGUGCAUCCACGUGUGCUUGUUUCUAGCUGUUUUCUGCUGUGCCCACCCUGCUCAGCUGGGAGACUGGGUCUAAGGAGGUGGGGGCAGGGCCGGAGCGGGGCCUUAGAGGGAGGGGUCUUGUGCCCCAGGAGCCACUGCCCAUCUGCACAGCCCCCUGCACCCCUCUCACAGCGGCCCCCUGGAGUCCGCAGACACGUCUCUGACAUCUGUGUCGGUGUAAAGAACAGAACACUCCCUUCUUCUUGCCGGGAAAGCUGUGGGGUUGCCCUGGCCUCUAUGCAUGGAGACCAACUAAGAAACCAGACCCGAUGGCUUUUAUCUACCCUGCGUGCUCGGCUCAGUCUGCCACACAGAAACAGGUCCGUGGCGGAUCCUGUGGGACUAGCGUAUGUGUUGCACCCUCUCUGUAACCAGCCUGUGUUUGUACAUCAAUUAAAUCUCUGUUGGUCCAUUUUCUA